ACUCCGCCCAGCUCUGCCCCUGGGGAGCGAGCGAGAGGGCGGGAGAGGCUUUUCUGAGGUUCUAUCAAAGAAGAACUUGUGUUUUUCUGAGAACGACGCUCCCAGACCAUGGGGUGUACCCUUCUCUGGCAAAGGGCGGAGCCCCUAGAAGUGCCCUCGAGUUAAUCUGCCUCAGGAUUCCGUUGUCCACCCACUUAGCAGCACUGGGCCUGCUGGUAGCCUUUCUUAGCACACUCGGCUGUUUCAUGCUGGCCCCAGAUUUGAGCAUGGCAGAAGGGGACACCCUGAUAUCAGUGGAUUAUGAAAUUUUUGGAAAUGUGCAAGGAGUGUUUUUCCGCAAGUACACGCAGGCCGAGGGUAAAAAGCUGGGAUUGGUAGGCUGGGUCCAGAACACUGACCGGGGCACAGUUCAAGGACAACUGCAGGGUCCUACCUCCAAGGUGCGUCAUAUGCAAGAAUGGCUUGAAACAAGAGGAAGUCCCAAAUCACACAUCGACAGAGCAAACUUCAACAAUGAAAAAGUCAUUGUAAAGUUGGAUUAUUCGAAUUUCCAAAUUGUGAAAUAGUAGCCUUAAUUUAAAUUUCCUAAGAUACUCAGUAGUUUUGUUUUUUAUUGUUAAUAGAGGUAAAACUGUUCUGUAUUUAAUAUUAGAAUUCAUCAAUAAGUUAUUUUAGUAUGAGAUAUUUGAAUGUUACUGUGUAAUACGUAUAUGAAGUAUUACAACUAUACCAAUAAUUCUAAUCAAUAAAAACAGUGUUCUGUUUAGGGAAGUUUUUAGAAUCUUCAGUGAACUCCUUUCUUUUAGGCAAAAUAAGAGGUAUUUAUUCAGUAAAAAUCUGUGUAAAGAGGAUUUUGAAGAAACUUAAAGACAUCUGAAGGAAAGAAAAAGCAGUUACUUUGAAUGAUUUCUUUAAAUGACUUCCAUGAAGUGUUCUUCAGGAAAUUCCAUACCUAAUUAAGAACGAAUAUCCCAAGUUCAAUUUGCUAGCUGCUCAAAUUAAGUUUUGUACUGAUUACUUUUAGCUUUCUGGAGCUUCUGCUUGAUUCAUUCCUUUCCUCUGGGUAAGGGGUUCACAUAAAGCAAUAAUCAGGAUUUUGCCUUAUCAGCCUUAGAAGUAAGUCUGAUUUUGUUUGUUCAGUCAUUAAACAGAUUAUAUCUAUAUCUCAGACACUUACUGGAUUUGACAGAUUUGUCAGAAGCCCCAAUUGUUUUAAACGUAAGGUUUCAAUGAAAAUGAGACAAAGCAAAAGGUGAGGAUUAAUUAGUAAUUCCAAAAACACCAAUUCUCACAGUGUUCUUGGAGUUCCAUUCUCAGAAAAGCUGCUGCAGUGGCAUUGGGAAGACACCAAAAAAGUCAAUGAAGGGAAUC